GACGGCAGCCGGUAUCAAUGGAGCCCCUGCUAACUGCUGGUCUGAGGGCUGCGCUCGUCUUCAUCCUCCUCCUCUCUGCGGGUACAAGUGAACAUGAUCUAUACCUGAGUUUUUGUGGGACUUGGCGCCAUGACAGCGGCGCCCUGAGCCUAAUCGUCAACCUCUCCACGGGCUGCAGUGAGAUCUCCAUCUCAGCGGGGCAGAGCUCCUUGUCCAUCGACGGGCAGAUCACGGCUGGGUGCAGCCGGUCCGAAGUGAUUCCCCUCAAGCAGCUGGGCCUCGAGUCCCAGGAGGAGACUCGCUUCUGUCUGUACUGGGAGCCACUGCUGGACCAGUUGAAGCUGCAGGUGGGAGGGAAGAACCUGAGUCUGUGCUGGCCCAGAAGUGUGCAGGGCCUCUGCUGCACCGAUCUGUCCAACAGCGGCAAGGCACCCGUGGCAAUCUAUGGCAUCACCGAUGGAACCAUCAAGAACGAUUUGUUCACGCACGAAACGCUGGAAGCAUACAAGUUCAUAGGAGAGUCCACCGACUGCAAAUCAUUGUGUGACCAACAGAGCCGGGGAUCCACCCACAUCAACGUGGAGCCGGCUGUAGGGAAUGUGGAGCAUCUGUGUGCUCACAGCUCUGAGGUGGACAUGAAGGAGGGUUUCAGAGGCCACAACGUCACAGCGGCUGCCACUAAAGGUGUACCGGCAGAGUCCAGUACCACCGUCCACCUGCCCCCCGCUCUGAAGACAGCUGCCACAAAGACCAGCAAGGUCGUCUGCACUUUCUUCAACAACAACUCCCUGUUCCAGGAGGGUCACAAGGAGAACAGGCUUUUCAACGAAGUGGUGGCAAUCACCGUGGAGAACGAGGUCAUCGCUAAUCUGUCUGAGCCAAUCACGAUUGACUUUCACCACGAUGUCAUACCUCAACUCCAUUCAAAGAAAUGUGUGUCCUGGGACACCAGGAAAGAUCCGUUGCAGGUGAAUUGGUUGGCUGACGGAUGUGAGACGCGACAGAAAGGAGCGAAACACACCGAGUGUCUCUGCAACCAUCUGACUUACUUCUCUGUGCUGGUGCAAAUGGAGCCUCGCCCAGUGCGCCACCUCCUGGCCCUCACCGCCAUCACAUCUCUGGGCUGUGCUGUGUCUGUAAUCAGCUGUGUCGCUGUCUUCAUUUUCCUCUGCAGGAAGAGCAGGCGGUGCAAGGAGCAGUCCAUUCCCAUCCACAUGGGCUUAGCCGUGUCUCUCGGCCUCCUCAACCUGCUCUUCUUCUUCACCGGGGUCCUGGCCAACGUGGGAGGGGAGAGGCUGUGUGUCUGGGUGGGGGCGGGCCUCCACUACACGCUGCUCAGUUCCUUUACCUGGAUGGGCGUGGAGGUGUUCCACACCUUCUGGAUGGUCCACGUGGUUUUCAGCCCCUCCCCGAAGGCCUGUGUGUGGAACCUGGUCGGCUUCGCUCUACCUGCACUGCCCGUAUUCAUCCUGGCUGCCGUGGGGGACAUUUACGGAGUGAGAGAGGUGGUGCCAAGCGAUGACGUCUCCAAUCCUUAUCGGAUGUGCUGGAUGAAAGACACCCCCAAGGCCUUGCUGGCCCACUACUUCACCAACAUGACAGCCGUGGCCGUCCUGGUGAUCUCGGGCUUAGUGAUGCUCUUCCUGGUCUACAGGAAGAUCCGCAUCAGGGACGAAUGGAGGCAGAACCGUGUGGCUUUUCUCAGCAUCUGGGGCCUCAGCUGCCUCUACGGGACAUCUUGGGGUCUGACCUUCUUGGACUUUGGACCCCUCUCUGACGUUAUCCUCUUCCUCUCCUGCGUCCUCAACGCUUUUCAAGGUUUCUUCCUGAUGCUGCGGUUCUACAUGCUGGCCUGGAUGCGGAAGCAGGCCGGCGGCUCGGCUCUGGGCAGCACCAGCACCGGCUCCACCCGCCAGCACAUGCUACAGGCCCCGGAGAAGAGCUAGACGGGCCGCCGGCGCUGCAGCACCAAAGCUUUAAGACAUUCUUCUUAUCUGCGUAGAUGAUCGCACCCUGUGCCGGCUGAAGAGCUCUCAGUGACCCCCCACCUGUCCUCCCUCUGGCUGCUAAACGCAUGGGAGCACCACCUCAUCGAGGCACCACCUCAUCCACUUUGAUGUACUUAGUCAGCGUCUUGGGUGCAGAUGGUGUUAAAUUGUCCUUUCAAGUGUUUCCUCUAAGACAGCGGUUCCCAAACCAUUUAAGCCACGCAGCCUCUUCUACAUCCCAUCAGGGGCCCCGUUCCUCGUACGAGUUAGCUGAGAUAAUUUUCAGGAUUAGAUGACGUAGAUCAGGCUUUUCCGGAUCCUCGAGGCAGGUUUGUCUAAUUCACCAUAGCAACACAUCGAAAAAACUUGAAUCUGCACUGGUACAGGUUCAUUGAGCUUCUGUAUUAGUUCAUUGAUGAAGGAGCGAUAUCAGUUAGAUUAACGUUUUAUAAGGAGAGUUCUCCGACAUCGCAUAGACCCGUUAUGACAUCACGAUGACAUCCUGUACGAGCGCCACACGCUGCAGUCGAACAUUGACUGCAGACUGUUCUUACAUACUGUCCCACGGACUCACACACUCUCUCAUGUCUCACACACUCUCUCAUGCCUCACACACUUAUGUCUCAUGCCUUCUCUCAUACUGUACAUGUUUUUACAGUGUUGCGAUGCAGAGAACAUCUGGAAAACAUGUGGUGAAAGCAUGUCCGCUGUAUGUUGUGCUCUUAGUUCUGUUGGUUUAUUUGGCGCUUAAUAAACUUCUUUAUGUUCCAUA